CUUCCCCUGUGGGCCCCAACUAUCCUAGCAUCCAACAUGGGCGGGCCUUGCGUUUUAGGCUUUUAGCCCAUCAGUCAAAGCCCACCAUGCUCAAUUCUGUAAUCUGUGGGGUUUUAGUGAGGGCGUCUCUCUCCCUCCCUGCAGAACUCCAUAGCCGCGGAAGCUCAGAUACUUCCUCAAAGUUCAAGCUCACAGUCCCAAAAUGGCGAGAGGUUUGAAGAAGCAUUUGAAGAGGCUCAAUGCCCCGAAGCAUUGGAUGCUCGACAAACUUGGCGAGAGGUUUGAAAAUGUGAAGCAGUAAAAAUGAGCUUAUUCUCGCAACACAGCAAAAACAGAUUGAAAUAUGCUCACUUACCGGGGGGUCAUUUCCAUCUUGAUGCAACGGCAUGUUCUGGUUGACGGGAAGGUUAGGACCGACAAAAUAUAUCCUUCCGGUUUCAUGGAUGUUAUUUCAAUCCCCUAAACGAAUGAGAAUUUCUGGCUCCUUUAUGACACAAAGGGUCGGUUCCGUUUCCACUCAAAUCAGGGAUGAAGAGGCAAAGUUCAAACUUUGCAAAGUACGGUCUGUGCAGUUUGGGCAGAAGGGCAUCCCAUACAUUAACACCUACGACAGGCGAACCAUCCGCUACCCUGACCCUCUCAUCAAGGCCAACGACACUAUCAAGCUCGACCUAGAGACCAACAAUAUCACCGACUUCAUUAAGUUCGAUGUUGGCAAUGUGGUCAUGGUUACCAGUGGAAGGAACAGGGGGCGUGUCGGAGUCAUCAAGAACAGGGAAAAACAUAAGGGAAGCUUCGAGACAAUCCACGUCCAGGAUGCCACCGGCCAUGAAUUUGCUACUCGAUUGGGCAAUGUGUUCACCAUCGGCAAGGGGGGAAAGGCCGUGGGUGAGUCUUCCCAAGGGAAAGGGUAUCAAGCUGACCAUCAUCGAAGAGGCGAAAAAGAGGCAAGCAGCUCAACAAGCAGCCACGGCCUGAUUAACUCUGCACUGCCUUCAAAUUUUGAUUUACUUGUCCGGCUAUUGGUUUUGCUUUUGGACCUGGAUCUAGUAGUUCUGGACUUCUUCAAUGUUCAUACGUUUCCUGUUUGUUUUGCUCACUACAUGUGAACCUCAAAUUUUUGUUAUUUAAAGUUAUUUGGAAUUGGUCAAA